UAACAUUUACUAUCCAACUCAGCUUCCAUGCAAGAAAAAAAAUAAAAGAAAAAAAAAGAGGGAAUUCCUUUCCUUCAAAAGGCAAACUUCACCGGUCACUGUUAACCACCAAACCUGUAAUUACGACGCCGUUUUAUGCUCUUCGCAUGCCUUCCGAGGCUCACUGCUUUACCUGUUGACCCGGUAUCCUAGUCAAACACCAUUGCCACGUCACUUCUUUGCCUGUUGAUCCGGUAUCCUAGUCAAACACCGUUGCCACGUCACUGUUUUAUACCUGAGCUAGCUUAGCUGUUGAAUUUAAAGUCCAGAGAUUUUGCCAGAAAAGGGAAAAACCAGCCAAAAAGCUGAAAUUUCUCAACAAAAGCUCCAUUUAAAAAAAUAAUAAUAAUAAAAUCAGAAUCAAAAUAAUAAUGAAAGCAGCCAUUAAAACCCUAAAGCCUCCUAAAUCUUCUCAUCUUAUAUUAUUAAUUCAAAGUUAUCAUAUUUUUUUCCCGUGGAUUUUCCAUCACUUUCCGUGCAAGAUUCAUGAAAGAAAAAAAAAAAAAAAAUAAUUAAUCUUCUUCUUUUUAAUUUCAAUGGCUGCUUCUUCACAAAAUAAGAUGAGUAGCCAAAUAGCACUGCCAAUUCAGCCACCACAGAAGAGAACCAGGAGGCUUCUUCAACCUCACAACCUCCCUCACAUUCUUCGCGCCGCUACCGACCUGAUUAAUGGUGCUAAUAACCGUAAUUCCUUCAAUCUUCCCGACGAUAUCAUCGAAAAUAUUUUCUCCUUUUUGCCCAUCAAACAUGGUGUAAAGAUCGGCGUUGUAUCCAAAAGAUUCAAAACCUCCUGGCUUUUCAGUCGGAAAUUGCUUUUCGACAGAGAUUUCGCCAGGCCACUUUCCCGGCAUGAUUUCAUCUCCAUAGUCAACCGCGUCUUCGAUUCCCAUACGGGUUCCAAGAUCCAGUGCUUGCGAUUGUAUUUCGAUCCCACCGGGUCGGAAUUCAUGGUCCUUAACUGGAUCAAGAAAUCCACAGAGAAAGGCGUGGAGGAGCUGGAUCUUGAUUUUCUACAAGCCAGAGAUCCUUUCAAUCUUCCUUGGAAUUUCCUGGACGUUGAGUCCGUGAGAAUCUUGAAGCUCUGGUACUGUGUGAUAAAUUUUCCGACGCAGCUGAAAGGUUUGCGCUUGUUGAGCACCGUGAUUUUGAGGAAGGUCGAUCUCAACCAAACGCUCAUCGAAACUCUGAUUCAACAUUGUGCUCUGCUUGAGACUUUGGACCUCACACAGUGCGAUGGGAUUCGUGAAUUGAAGGUUCUCGCUGGGACUUUGAAAAGAUUCAAGGUUUUGAAAGUUGGUAAUUGUUUUGACAUGUUUAAAAUUGAUAUAGAUUCCCCAACUCUUCAAUCGCUUUAUUAUCAUGGACCUGUUCGUGACCUCAAGGUUGCUAAUCCCUCCCAAUUGAAAGAUGUGAUGUUGAAUUUCACUCCCUCUAAAGGGUUUAUACGGUCUUCCCAAGUCGAAAAUCUUGUUUCUGAUAUUUCUCGUAUCACUCUCUUCACUACAACUAGUACAUUUCUUGAGGGUUUAACCACGAGGAUUCGAGAAGGGGUUUUCAGAGACUUACACUACUGCUUUUGGAAUUUAAAGGAAUUUCAGUUGUUCAUGGAAGGUGCAAGCUAUUGCAAUCUAUGUGAUAUUGCUUCUUUUCUUGCAAAAUGCCCCCGCAUAGAGAAACUAUUUAUCGAUCUUAAUGAGUUUUCUUUUGAAUGCGGACUUUAUUGGGAAUUACAUCAAAAGCAAUUGCUGGACAAGUAUUCCGCCUUUUUCUAUUGCUUGAAAUUCAUCAAAGUGAAAGGUUUUAAGUUUCAAAAACAUGAACUGGAAUUGGUGAGGUAUUUUCUAGGCAAGGCAUUAUUGUUGAAAACUUUAGUUUUAGUGUUUCCAAGAAAUGGGCGUGUCACAACCAUUAAUCCUCCAGAAAUUCCCAUUUACAACAGCCUUUUUCUGUCUUGGAAAGUAUCUCCAAAUGCCAAGAUAGUUAUAUAUGAGCAUUUCAAUGACAGAAGUUCUUUUCAUCCUAAACAGUCAAAGAUUUGGUUCUAAAUUCUAAUGAUGGUCAUAUGGAAACUAUAUGCCAUUUACUUUUUCCUAUGAUAUAUAUACACACACACAUUGUUACACAGUGCAAGAGGUUUAACAACAAUUCUAGCUAUCAUUGAACUCAUUUCUAAUAUAAAAUGUAUGUACAAUAAUUUUGCAGCAAAUCCC